AUGACUUGUUAUGAGUUCCUCUGUCCUUCCAGUCAUGUACUUGUACCUUGUGGGCUCCCCAGGGUUUCUGACAAGAACAACAGGUAUGUUUACAUCACAGGAUGUGAUAGCGGCUUCGGGAACCUUUUGGCCCAGCAUCUGGACAAGCAGGGGUUCCGAGUGAUUGCCUCAUGUUUCACUGAGAGAGGAGAGGAGGAUCUGAAGAAGUCCUGCUCCAGCAACCUGAUCACAACUCACUUGGAUGUUAGAUCUCAAGACAGCAUUGCCAAAGUUGAAGAAAUGGUCAUUGACGUCAGGAGGCAGAGAGGAGACCAUGCUCCACUUUACAUCAAUAGAGUAUGUGUAGAGAGAGUAGUCUUCUUUAAGCUCCUCGGGACCCACAUUUCUGAGGACCUCACCUGGACUGGGAACACAGCAGCACUGGUAAAAAAGGCCCAGCAGAGACUCCACUUCCUGCGUGUCCUGUGGAGGAACCACCUGGAGGAAAAGCUGCAGGUGUCCUUCUACCGAACAACCAUAGAGCCAGUCCUGAUGUAUUAUGUGUCUGUCUGGUUUGCUGCCUGCUCUGUUGCAGACAGGAGGGCUCUGCACAGGGUCACCAGGACUGCUGAAAAGAUCAUCCCCUGCCCCGCCUGGAGAACAUUACCAGCUCUCGAUACAUUAGCAGAGCAAAGAAAAUCUUGGCAGACCACUCUCACCCUGGUUAACAACUGUUCAACCUGCUGCCAUCAGAGAAGAGACUCAGGCCUAUGGGCUGUAGUGAACAAUGCAGGCGUCUCCAUUCCCUCUGCCCAAUGUGACUGGCUGACUCUCGACGAUUACAAAUCCAUGCUGGAUGUGAACCUGAAUGGGGUGAUUCCUUCCAGGGGAAGGGUGGUGAAUGUAGCCAGUGUGUUUGGGAGGAUCAGUGCUAUUGGUGGCCCAUAUACUGUCUCAAAGUUUGGUGUUGAAGCAUUCAGUGACAGCAUAAGGAUAAAUAUGGCACCUUUUGGUGUCAAGGUCCUCUGCAUUGAGCCAGGAUUCUUCAAGACACAGAUGACCAGCAGUGAAGUUGUGUGCAAUAAUAUUAAAAUGGUGUGGGAGAAACUUCCACAGGAGGUCCGAGCUGACUAUGGAAGUGAAUAUCUACAGAAAGCAUUAGCCUUGCUAACAGACAAAAUUGCCAAGCUGGGUGAUGCAGACCUGAUGAAGGUGGCAGCCACGGCUGCUGUCCGGCCUCGUACUCAUUACUCGCCAGGUUGGGACGCCAAGCUUUUCCGGCUGCCACUGUCCUACAUGCCCAACUGUGUCAGUGAUUACAUCCUGCAGAUGGAAGCCAUUCCUAUCGCCAAGCAGAUUGAAUAACUUUAUAUCUGUCUACAAAUACAGGCAUUCUUUCUGUGUGGACU